AUGCCGUACCCCGCGAGCGGGUACUGCCGCUGGUGCGCCGUCGAGUUCGACUUCGAGUUCGCGGACGAGUACCCGGGGUACUCCGUCGCGUGCAAAGCGCACGAACUCUGCCUCGAUUGCUUCGACAAGAGGAAAGAGGAGCAGCGAAGACAGGUGGAGCUGAACACGAUCUACAUGCGGUGCGACGAGCUCGGGGAGCGGCUCGAGGCGGAGACGGCGCGGAGGAAGCGCGCGGAGGCGAAGCUGAGAGAGCUCGGCGUGGACGUGGGCGAGAACGGGCUCGAGGAGGAAGAGAAGAAGACGAAGCCGUCGUCGUGA